UGGAUCCCUCAAGCAGACAGUGAUAUACUGUUCCUGUUUCAUCUCCAUGGCUGAGCAAAGGAAGGGGAUCCUGUUGGAAGGUCUUUCUUCUCCUGAUGGACUUGUGGAGUCUUUCAAUGAUAUUGAAAAUUGUGAUGACAGUGCAAAUUCAGCAUCUGGCAUAUACAAAAGAAGAAUGGAUUUGACCAGGAGCAUUUGUGGUACUCCAUCAAGUAGAAGAGAUGAAACCUUCAGAGUGAGGAAACUGAUAAGUGUUCUCAGUCAAUCUAGUGGCAGUAGUGGGUCAGCUAGUCGGUGCACUGGCAGUUCCAAGACUUCUACUACUCCACGUGGGUCAGCUCUGGAUUUCUCUAUGACCUCUACUCAGGGUGGUGUGGGUGGCUUGGACGAUGUCGAGAUGCCAAGUUUUGUGACAGACUCGACACUCAACUCUACUCCAAACUUACUAGUUUCAUUAAGUCCGGCGUAUGCUGCCAAUACUCCUGUUGCAGGUGGAGAUGCCUCACAUGUUUUGAACAUUUCAGCACUAAAUACCACUAUUUCUGGUUUUUCUGCUGAACAAUCUCCCAUUCUGCAAACAAGUGAUGUUACAAUGCAAAUUCCAAGGCUGGUUGUAUCACCUAAAAAAAGUUUAGUCAAUGGGACAUUUUCAGUGCCAUCUGCAAACAAUGAGGCUAAUAAAUCAUUUAUUGUUGAUUGUGAUACUGGCACUAAUUAUGAACGAAUGAAAUUAAUGCACGAAAACUUUAGUAUUAAUGGUAAUGACUCAGAAAAUUGCAAGAAAAUGACGGAUGAAUUUAGGGUGAAUGACAUCACCCUGAACUUACCUAGUUUUGCUCCUCCUGGGCUACUAAACGACUUGGAUCAUAACACUACAAGUAAUUUUGCACCAGAAACUUUGAAAAAUGAACCACUAAAUACAACUUUCAAUGCUGAAGUAUCCAUAUCUGCAAAACCCAAUAAUUCAGGUGUCCCGAAGCUGGAAGAUGAAAUUAGAAGGGUUAAUACUAAUAGAGUGGACGAGUUGAAAUUUGAAAAUAUCAAGCAUCAAUUUGAGCUCAAUAAGGCAGAAUCCAGUGUAGAUGCAGCAAGAAUCAACCAAACAUCAAAGCUGCAAGAAACAAGUGGAUCACACGACGCAUUCUUUGAUUUCCAAGAAGAUAUUUCCAUUGUGCUGCAGAAACUAGCCCAGGAUUUUGAGAACGAGCAGUCGUGUGACUCGAUUCUUGACUUGACAAAUGUAGAAAACCAGUUUGUUGUAACAGAUGAGACAAGUCCCACAUUGCCUGAGUUACCAACAUCAUUGGGCUCCUCUCAGGGGAAUUUAAAUAACUACAGCAAACAGCAAGACUUGUUUAUGCACGGUGCUGCCCAGAGUGGGGGUCUCAACACCCUUCCUGAAGAGGAUGAAGACGAUGAAAACCUCGUAGCCAUCAUCGCUGCUAUCAAGUCCUCUGGCCGCGUCACGCUGCCGGUUCCUCCUAAGCAGCAAAUUAAUUCCGACGUGUUAAAAGCUGCCGAAGCAUCACUUUCGACAGCAACAAAGGCUGCCGAUUCUCCUGCUGUUGCGACAGGAGCGAGACCAAAAAGAACUGUUAAAACAACUAUUCCUGGGAAAAACAAAGUUGUUACUUUCAGCUUUACUGAAGACAGUCCGAAGAUAAUUUCUGAUCCUGCUCGUUCUGCAAAGUUACAUGAUACUUUUGACACUGACAUCAAGGCCAAGCUUGAAGGUACUUUUGACUCUGUUGAGCCUUGUCUCCUAAACGGAACUUUCAAUUUGGCUUCUUCUAAAACUUCCAUGCUGGAUGGAACUUUUCACGCCUCUUGCAAGACAGUAAAUAGUGCUGCUUUCGACAAUGUAAUGGUAAAUAAGCUGAAUGAUACUUAUGAAAAUAUUGGAGAAAGUGAUAAGAAAACACAGAAUGAGCGUAUCAGCUGCCAAACUCCAGACGAAGUUAACUCAACUUUCGUUUACAAUCCACAAGAGUUGACAACAAACAAGACCACUGCGCAACAUGGUGGUGUGCAUAACCCCUCGAUAAAAUGCUCGGUUGAUAAGAGUAAGGUUAACUGUACCUUUGAUGGAACUCAGCGUGGGAUGAACCGUACUUUUGACGGGGCAUCUAAUGCCAUCAACACCACUUAUGAUGGAGGACCUCACGCCAUCAACGCCACUUUUGAUGGAAGACCUCACGCCAUCAACACCACUUUUGAUGGAGGACCUCACGCUGUUAACACCACUUUUGAUGGAGGACCUCGCUCUGUCAACACCACUCGUGAUGGAAGACCUCACGCUGUCAACACCACUUUUGAUGGAGGACCUCGCUCUGUCAACACCACUCGUGAUGCAGGACCUCACGCUGUUAACACCACUUUUGAUGCAGCGUUUCAUGCCAUUAACAGCACAUUUGAUGCUGCUCAUCGCGCGGGUAACAAUAAUUCUGACGAUGGCAAAGGUCUCAAUCGAACUCAUGAUGUAGUUGGCAACGCAAACAUUGAUGCUUGCAGCCCUAACAACACAUAUGAUAAAGACUGCGUCUCUGCCAACGAUAAGCGGCCAUCACUGAACAGAAGUCGCAGCAUGCCGUGCACUUCCCCCAACACAGAGCAGCUGGACGAGUCAGUGCACGAACUAUGUGCCAGUCAAAGCUACAACUGCAUUAAUUUAAUGGAUGCUGAUGCCCCUGUACUGAAACACAUUCUUAAGAUGCCUCUACAACAGCAGCAGCAAUUGCGAGCUCUUUAUGAGAGUCCUUCUAGAAGGAACAAGUCAUUAACGAAGCAGCGACGUUCUUUACCGAGCAAUUUCUCGCCGAGCUGCCAGCCGAACCGCUCGCUCGGGUGGCGGAACGACGCAUCCUUCACCGCGUCGCAGGAGUCGCUCAAUGGCGACCGUGCCUGUAACGUCACGACCAGUACUCCUAAACCUAAGAGCACGCAAGAGAUCCUAAGUUUGUACCAACAGACAACAGUCGCCGGCAAGCAAGACUCCAUAGAAAAAUCAUCGUGCGCCAUCUCUAACAUAAUUAACAGGUAUAAGCCGCUGGCCAUUACUGACGAGGCGGAUGAAAAAGAAGCUCCUGAGUUAGCGCCCGCGUCCUGCAGCCAUGAAGAAGUCGCUGCCAAGCUCCGUAAGCACCGCCAGCAGCAGCCCGCAGCCCCUGGCAGCGGUGGCGUUACCGGACCGCUUAGAGCGUUACAUCCUGCUUCUAACGCCACGUCGUCCACUCCUAACCAGGAUAACGAAGCUACAGCAGCAGAGUCCGGUGGUAGUGGACAGUCUGGCAACAAAGAAACCAACGCCGAGGACGCUAACAUCAAAGCCCUCAAGAUGCGUCUGCUGCCGUCGUUCGGUUCCUUCAGUAGUAUAGAUUCUGAUCGCGUUGGAUCCCCAGACGCCAUCACGGGCCCCAUGUUUGGCAGUACCAUGGACUCACCCAUGCAGGGAAGCGCAUGCGGGGAUGAAUGCCGGACCAGCACUCCUGCUAGCCGCCUCAGCGCUGCUGCUCCCAACAUGUCCGCUACUCCCAUCGCAGCUCCACCAGCUCUAGGAGCUUCGGUGAACUUCUCAAGCACAUCUGUUGCCCAGAAAGAGGGACAACGUUUCCCGCUCUCAAGGCCUCUAGCUUCCGUCUUCCAGCUCCAAAAACUGAAUAAGAAGGCGGGCGGCAAUCUUGAUAAAAUUGAUGGUCAAAACUCCGGUCCUGUUCUGCCUGCUCUAGCGGAAGUCGACGUGAUGCCGACUUCGCUUCCGCAGAACUUAACUCACAACUUGGCUCAUCAGUUACUGGAUACAACAACUGAUUUUGUUGAAUCUACCAAGCCAAUUCAUGAUGUGACUCAUGAGCAUUCACCCCUCAAGACAUCAAAAAAUUUGCCAGAGGUUGGAACACCUGCUGUAUGUGAUGUUGAGGCCAAGAAUCGCGUAUUAUGUGACAAUGCUAAUCUUCGCUCGUGGGCUGCGUGUGCGACUCCAGCGGAUAAAUCAACUGACCAUUCAGGCUGCUGGUCUUCGUCUGGACAAUCUUCUCUACUGCGGAGCUGUGACAUGAACGGCACUGCAUCACCCCGACGCUCUGGGAUGCCGCAGACUGCGACGCCUUCACGCAUUCCGUCUCCGGUUACAGGGCGAGAUUCUUUGUCAUCUCGUUUGUCCAACGUAUUUUCAUCUUCUUCGUCCCACAAUGACGUAUUUGAUCUAACGCAGACUCGGGUAAAAGAUCAAUCCAAGGAAGUCAUUGUGACAAACCUGGAGGCAACCGAGAUCAAAUUGGAUGUUUUGAGCGCUGAAGGUCUUGAGUCUGUCAGUGGAAAAGGUGGCUCCUCUAGCUCCACUGUAGCUCCUCAGAAUUUGUCUUAUGUCAAGCCUAGUCCAGAAGCUAGGAAUGUUCCAAAAAGCUUGGUGACUAAGAACAAUAACGGUAAGACGGCUCCGGCCGGUACACUACCUCGCAAGGUAGUUCCUGCAAAGUCUGUAACCACAACUCUGACAGUUCCAGAAUCUUCCGCUUCUUCAUCGACUGGAAGAGGGAAGCCUCUGUUAGGUCGUGAACUACCUGUGAAAGGCGGGGUAGGCGUUAUUCGAAAUUCAACCAGAGCUUCAAGUGUCAUCGCCCCAAGAUCUGCCAUGACGCGGAAAUCUGAAGGUUCUACGUUAGCCAAAGCUGCCAGUGUCGCGGAACUUUCAGCGGCUCCUGGCAACAGAGCGAUCUCGGCUACGGGAGCUAUCCGUAGACAAGUUUUUCAUGCUAAGCAAACGGCAGACAAAGUUUUGAUAGAAUCAGUGCCACCAUUGAGUGAUGCUAGCAAGAAAAACUUGAUUGGUUGUCAAGCAAAUCAACUUUCACAAAAUCCCGGAAAGCUUACCUCUUCCAGGAUCUCAAACACUAAGAUAGCUUCUACUCGACAGUCGCUCCUACCACAGUCACAGUUGCGUCAACCCACUGCUCCGAUGAGGAAAUCUAUGCUGCCUCACGCCAGUUCCACGUCGGCUCUUCACGCCAGUUCGUCGGCUCUCGCAUCAAGUCAAGCUAAACGUUCACCUUCAGUAAGAAGCCCAGGCUGUCCUCCCAGCCUUGCUGAUGCGGGUAAGAGACCAAGCGUAGCUGGGCUACGAGCUCCUCGACGUAAUAUUGCCAGCCAAGUCCGUAGCCCAAAACUCGAUUCUGUAAAUGACAAGGAAAACCGACCUCCAAGCGCGAUGUCUGAGCACAUGACUGAUGGAAAAACAGUGGUUGUUGCAUCUCAGGAUGCGCCUUCUUCAGUGCCUCGAUCAAAUUCUGAAAUUGGCCCCGAAGUCAACCUUCAAGGAAACGUAAAAGCCGUACAGAAAAGUGGUGGCAAAUUUGAGGUUGGUGUGACUGUGGAUGGCAAGAUGGCUGCACCGCAGCCAAUUCUACCUGCAGCCGCUGGUAGAGGCAUACCAAGGCCUAGUGGUUUACCUCUACCAUCCAGACUUCGUUUGCCCUCAGUCAUUAAAAAGUAAAAUAUACUCCUAUCUACUUCUGAAUUCGAUUCAGAUUAAUAUUGCCUUCAUCAGGCAAGUGAUAACUCUUUUUAAUUUCUGUUUACAUUCUUUGCUAGUGCUGAGCCAUUGACCAAUCGAGUCUUAUUGAAUUAUUUUGUUCCAUAUUGUUUGCCCAUCUUCGUAUAUUUCGUUUUAUCUCGUCCGUUUCUCAUGGUUUUCAACGACAUUGUCCCAGAAUCUCCGCUGAGCUGGUGUAAACGUCGCCUCUAAUGAAGCAAGGCUUGAUUUUCCUAAAUUUUAUUUUCACAUUGAUUUCGUUCAGGCGUUUUUAAUUGUUGCGAGAUGGAUGGUGGUUAUUGCUUUUAGUUAUAUUCGUGCAAAAAUCGCAUUAAUAUUUCUCACCCACUAGGUAUAUGUAGGGAUGUAUUUCAGGUUUUCCAGGCUUGUUGUACUGUAUUCGCGACUUGGUGAUAGCAUAACCAUCGCAAGCUUGAAGCACUUGAAGUGCUGAAUCUAACUAUGCUAUGUCGUGGUAAAAAUAUUUAAACUCUUCAAUGCACUUGAUUUUAACUUUCUUGUCUUACUGUUACUCUAUACUUUAACAUAGAUGGCAUAGACCAAUACAUAGAUUGGGAACAGUUAGUUAUUGUUUGUUGUGGAAUAGUUUUUAGUUCAUCCACCCGCCUAUAGCUGCUGUUGUCAGCGGGACUGGAGUUAAGAUAACUCUAUGUAAAUUAGAUCCUCGUUUCUUUAUAUGCGAUAAAUAAAAUGAAUUUACUUGCUAGGCGCAGUAUUUCCCUUCUUCAGAUAAAAUUGGCAAGACGGUUGACUCUAUUUUACUCAUACAUUUCCAUUUUCAUUUGGUAAACAAAAUGGAAUGCCUUCUUUCAAUUGUUGCCUCAAAUCACCGAUGGAAAAUUUUAUGCUUGCUUGCAAUAAACGAGCGUUGUUUUACUUAGUUACAUAUUAACCAUUUACCCUCACUUCUGUAAUGACCUAAUAAAGAAAUAAAUUACUUCCUUUGUU